AUGGGCGUCAUCCGCAAGAAGACCGCCACCCGCGGCGGCGAGGGAGGCGUGAAGUAUGUCUGCGAUGUCUGCUCUGCUGAUAUAACGUCUACUGUCCGCAUCCGAUGUGCCCAUAGUGCUUGCAAUGAAUACGACCUCUGUGUACAAUGCUUUGCCAAUUGCGAAUCCUCGCACAACCACCAGCCUGCUACCCACCCAUUCCGCGUUAUCGAACAAAACUCGGUUCCCAUCUACGAUAAGGACUGGGGCGCGGACGAGGAGCUCUUGCUGCUAGAAGGGUGUGAGAUUUAUGGCCUUGGGUCGUGGGCAGAUAUUGCCGAUCACAUCGGCGGCUACAGGGACAAACAGGAGGUUGCAGACCACUACAUCAACACUUAUAUAAACAGUUCCAAGUUCCCUCUGGCUGAGCGCGCAAGCCCGUACGACCUAGAGCUGCUCGAACAGGUACCAAGAGAGCAGUUCCAGACAGCAAAGAAGCGGAGAAUUGAGGAUCGAAAGGAGAAGCAGAAGAAUGCCCCACCCGCUCAGCCAAAGAAGAAGCCGACGGCAAGUGUGCCAGCCUGCCAUGAGGUUCAAGGAUAUAUGCCGGGACGGUUGGAGUUCGAGACGGAAUACGCAAAUGAGGCAGAGGAGGCCGUACAGCUGAUGCAGUUUGAUCCUGGCGACGGCAUCAAUCCUCGGACGGGCGAGCUAGAACCUGAGAUGGAGCUCAAGAUGACGGUUAUGGAUAUCUACAACUCUCGGCUGACGCAGCGUGCAGAGAGAAAAAAGGUCAUUUUCGAGCAUAACCUCCUCGAAUACCGCAAGAACGCGGCAAUAGACAAGAAGCGUACAAAGGAGGAGCGGGAUCUCAUGAACAAAGCCAAACCCUUCGCCCGGAUGAUGAAUAAGAACGAUUUCGAGGAUACCUGCUCUGGCCUAAUGAGGGAGCUCCAUCUCCGUCAAGCAAUCGCUCAACUCCAAGAUUGGCGAAAUGUGAAGAUCGAGACAAUCCGUGGUGGCGAGAAGUAUGAAAUUGAAAAGGCUCAGCGUGCACAGAGCAAAGCUCCCAUGGGCUCUCUCGACCGUGAGCGCCUGGCCAGCUCCCAACGCUCGAAGCAAGCUCCUGUUGUUGAGACUCCCCCUGGGGUGGCCGCACUCAUCGCCCCAGAAUUCACUCCCGGUCCGGUUGCAAGUCUUAAUCCACCACGGGCUGCUUUGGGUGAGAAAACGAACAACGUCCUGACGAACGGCCACACCAAUGGCAACACCACUCCCGCCAAGGUUAAAUACCAAAUACCGCCCCUCAGUGGCAUCAACCCACUUCCUCUAUCCAAAGAAAAUGCGCCUGAUCUCCAUCUGCUUACUCCCGAUGAGAUGGAGCUCUGCAAGAUGUGUCGAAUCCAGCCCAAGCCCUAUCUGGUUCUCAAGGAGCGUAUCAUCAAGGAGGCAGUCACGGGGAAUGGUGCCUUGAAGAAGAAGCAAGUGAAGGAGCUGUGCAAGGUAGAUAGCCAGAAGGCUGGCCGCAUCUUUGACUUCUUCGUCAACGCUGGUUGGAUUGCUAAAGCUUGA